AUGUUUGUAAGCAGUAAUGGCUUGCCUCCAAGCCCUAUACCUAGCCCUACAAGACGCUUUACAACCAGGAGGAGCCAGAGUCCCAUCAACUGCAUUCGUCCAAGUGUCCUUGGUCCUAUAAAAAGAAAAGUUGAAAUGGAAAUGGAUACCCAACCAAAGAGGCUGUUUCAAGGAACAACAAACAUGCUGUCCCCAGACGUGACUCACCUGUCAGAUUACAGUUGCCUUUCAUCAGACCUUGACAGCAGUAGCAGCCUUGGCUCCUCUUUGGACUCUGCGGCUAGAGAUGGCUGCGUUACUGACUCUCCAGCAGCCUGUUCCAAUUCCUGCUCUUCGUUCAUAUCUCUGGAUGAUCUAUCUCCAAAGUGA